UCUCAACUUCUAAAAAUUUGUGUUUAACAAAAUUUCAGUGCAUUAUAAGUGUUCAUUUUUUUCUGAUCCCGAUGGCUAAGAAAGGUGGAGUUCAGCAGCUGCAGGCUGAAAUCAAUACGGACGAAGAGUUUGAAAAGUUUUUGGAGCGAGAUGGUUUGUUGGUGAUGGACAUCUACACGGAUUGGUGCGGUCCAUGUACCGGAAUGGUGGGCAGUCUGAAGAAGAUAAAACUUGAACUGGGCGGUGAUAAUCUUCAGCUAGCAAUAUGCAAAUCCGAUGAUAUAGAGGCACUGAAACGAUUUCGAAACAACAGCGAACCGACCUGGCUGUUUGCCUCGCACGGCAAAAUAGUCAACCUCAUGUUCGGGACCAAUGUGCCCAAACUGAUCAACCUGAUUACGGAGGAGCUGGACUUGGAGCUGAAAAGUCGCGCCGAGGAGGUUGAACGAAAAUACUACGAGCUGCACGAGUUGACUCCCGAGGAGCAGGAACGGGAAGAUGCCCGGCAGGCUAUCGAGGACGAAGCGGAACGAAUCGAAAAAGAAUCAACCAUCAAAAAGCGCCGAGAUUAUAUCACGCAUGUGACCGACGAGAUUAUAGCCAACAUUCCCGAUAUGGGCAUUAGUCUGUUUAUGCCGCACGUGCACAAGGAAGUGUUUAAAAAAAUAAACGAACAUGCCGAGAAGCACGAUUUACAUUUCAAAGAGAAGCGAUUGGUGCAUUUGAAUCCAAAAAUGCUCGAAGUGCUACACUUUGACUGUGAGAAUCAACUCGAGGAUGAAGUUUUCGAACAGAUCUUCUAUAAGGAUGUCCAAGCAUACGUUUGGAAAUUGCAGGAGGAUGUAUCUCGCACACCGGAAGAUGUCAUUGGUGAGUUUGUACACUAUUUAACGACCGCCAACGAAGUUCUUGACGCGGAUGGGAAUGUGGAAAAAACAAUCCCGCCCAUGAUCGAACCGUUGGAAAUGAUCUACAACCCAGACGAUGGUAACUGGAAAAUUGUGAACAAACGAGUCGAAAAAAGAAAUUCUAAAGCAGCAACUAUAACGGAACCUUCGCAAAGCACUUCCUCUAAAGAAACGUUCGACGAGGAAAGUUGUGCUAAAAUGUACAUCCCUGGCGUAUGGAGUCCAACCAACAGAAGAGCGACUGCGGCGUUAUUUUACCUUCUGUUUAGACAUCUAACGGACCACUUUUUACCACCAGAUCCGGUGCCAGAACCACCGCAUAUUUGCAUUGUAUUUGAUGCUUACAAAAAACGAGAUGUUUUCGAGGUAGUCGAAAGACAUAAACGUGAUGUUAUGGCAUAUGGUUACUUCACCACCGGAGAUCCCAAAUCAGCAGAACUAAUCGCCAAAACCACAGAACGAUACAGCCGACAGAAACCGAAUGUGAACGAUAAGUUAAUUCUGAAGGUAUCAAAAGCCACCAGUCAUGCGAUGCUGGGACUUACGGCCGUUGGUCCGUGCUAUAUUAGUCAAAAUGCGGUCGAAGGUCAGGAAGAAUGUGCUAUCCUGUUUCCACCGGCUUACAAUAAUGUAGAGGAAGAGGAACCCGGUGCUGAAGAAACCAAAAAGAAACAGAAAAAGAAACGUCGCAGCAAGAAAAGUGACACUUCCGUUGGGUCCGAUUCGACAACGUCGUCUACUCCCACUGCGGAACAGACCGCUGACGGACAGGGCGAAGGGGGAGAACUGGCUGCCAUUGGGGAAGGUUCCAAUGGAGAGGAAGGCGAAACAACGUCUUCGUCAACGAAUUCUCCCGAGAAGAUUGGCGCAACUGGCGAAGAACCAGAGGAAGAAAAGAAAGCAAAACGAAACAUUUGAAGCAUUUCUUUAACGGUAUAAUAAAUUAAAAUGAUCCAAAUACGGAUGAUUGUGUGUGUGUGCC